UGGAAUAUUGUUUAAAAAGAAUUUCGCGGAAAACAAUUCUUUUUUUAGUCUAUUUUCUCGUAACCUUAUCGUUGUAAUUUUGAUAUUUACAUAACGUCGGAAUGCAAGGGCACUAUAAAUGCACUUUUACAUUCCGCAAUAAACGGCAGGCCGAGUGACAUUUUUGCGUUGUUACUCAACGUACGUUUCUUAUCAUUGGUUAUCGAGUCAUUAAUGAAACGGAUUGUUACGAGGAUUUGAAUUUUAUCGCUUAACUAGUUCCACGAUCUUUCUUGCUUAAUAGACAGCGAUCGUUUAGCUCACCGUGUAUUUUUGUCUAGGAAACGACUGUUUUGCGCAAGUAUAUACAACUCCUUUCGUUUAAUUUAACGUCGUGCAAAUCGUGUCUAUGUUAUUAUAUUUAUGUUGUAAUACUGUAACGUAUUAUUUUAAAAUUACUUUCUAAGAUACCGGACUCCGAGUUGUAGCGGAUUUGAUAUUUUCCUUUAUUACGUCGGUGAAAUCGUAUUAACGUCGAAGAUAUCGCGUGUCGGAAUGAAUAAGCUUUUACAUGUAUGACUGUGAGAAAAAAGUUUAUUAUUCAUAUUUAUGAAUACAUAAGAUGUUGUUUUCUUCUUUUAUUUAUGCAUUACUUAAUCGAACGAUCGCGUACGUGUUCAAACGCGAAGAUCAAGCUGGUCGGGCAAAGAUGACGAGAGUGGAAGAGAUAUGUUCGAAGAUGCGAGAAGUCGCGCUGCAUUAAAGAUGAAUCACGCAUCGUGGCAUCCAAAGCCUCGUAAUAAUUACGAGGAAUUACGUAAAAAGAUACCGACAACGUCCAUAGAACUUUACGCUUACCCGGCAGUGCUGGGUUGAAUUUUUCCUGGACCUGACUGCAGCAAUUUUCAAAGAGUUUCUCCUCUUCUCACGUGUCAAAGAAAUCUCAUCGCUUGCUUCUCAACAUGAGCAACGAAGCUAACAAAGGACCGCCGAGCGCCAUAACGCUCGGCUUCUCGAUACUGACGCAUUUUCUGCUCGUGGCUCCAAUAAUAUAUAUCCUGGUAGUUGCCUUCCAGAACUACAGUUUCUUCUCUUGGCAUCCGAUUUGCAUGUCUGUUGGGGUCGGUCUCCUAAUCACAGAAGCUGUCUUCAGCGUCUCCGGUGAGGCGUACGUCGCUUGGAAACUACCCAGGCGUAACAGAGUAACGAUACACUGGAUUCUACACACGAUUGGCCUGACCAUAAUUGGGAUCGGUUUGAUCAUCAUCAUCGUUAACAAAGUCAACCACAAUAGACCCCAUUUCGCCACGACUCACUCGCAGCUGGGCCUAACGACGAUCAUACUGUCCGUCUUGACCGCCGCUUUCGGAGUCCUGGCGAACAACACUGUCUGGAUAUAUCCGCGCGUAAGGCCGAUAUUCGUCAAAGUCGCUCACGCUUGCGGCGGCAUCGGCAUUACGAUUCUUUUACUGGCUACCCUCAUCAAUGGAACCUACAACGAUUGGUGGUACAUUAGCGGUACCACCACCGGAAGAGACUUGACCUUCGCGUCAUUGUUCUUCGCAGGUCUCUUGAUACUCGUGAAACCGAUACUCGGCGCCGUUUCGAGGUGCAGAGUAAUAUUCGGACCACCCUCAAGCGACACGUAAUGCCUCGUCAACAGAGUCCGACAAAAGUCUGAAAGAAGGUUUAUCACGUCGAGACGCGGACGACGUGCGAGAGUUGUAGUCCAGAAGUAAGAUGCUUCUAUUCGAUCGAUCGAUGGAAAAUAAAACUGCCUUUGCAAUUAUUAUAUUGAUUAAAUUUUGCUUGAAAAAAAAAAAUAGCGGUCAAAUAUAAUUUUGGCGAGUGACUUAUUCUCGAUGCAACUCUUGUAAAAUAUCCAACGGAGCGGUGAAAAGCCAAAGAUCAUAGAAUUAAUUUCGUUAUUUGAAUGUUACGCCUUAUUGAUCCCAUUAGGGACGUUGUUUGUGCGAAUUGAGGAAGGGAGUGUCUAAUACGUUGGAAAUCAAUCAUGGCGAAAGCCAUAAAAUUAAAGGUCUGACAGCUCCACAGUUAACCAUGUAUACCAACACUUUAUUGAUUACACACGCAUCAUAACAUUUAUUACACAUUACAAAUUCGCACAUAUGCGCCCACAUGCAUAUGUAUAUUUGUAGAUGUGCUCGUAACAUAUAUAUAUUUUUUUAUAUAAUGCAAUGUACAUAUAUAAUAAC